AUGAGGCCCUUGAGGGAAUUGUAUCCCAGUCCACCUCAGAUGCCCCUUGGAGAUGACCCAUAUUACUCGUACCAAAUCCCUUCGCCCGCGAACAACCAGAGGCUGGCUGCCGACACUAUCAAUGGCGACGCCGACUUUCCUCAAUUCUUGCGGAGCAUUCCCACGGACGAAGACCAUGUAUUUUCCACGAGCCUUGAGCGAGCCUCCGCUGCUCGUGUUAUUGGAGUAAUAGACGAUCUGCCCGGUGACGAAGAUUUUGUGGAUCUUUGGACUUCGCAAUUACAACACAUCAGCAAUGAAGAUUCUGCAAUGCAACCUGUUGUGGGGCAAUGCCCUGACUACAGCAAUGGCCGGGCUGAUAUCCAUGCGACUAUGAGAGCUCGAGGUCUGCUAGAUGGUUCAGAUGCCUGGAAUCACAACUCCAUUCUGGACCUUGAUUCUGCCAGUGCGCAUUUCAAGGAAGGAACCAAAAUGCUCAUGGAAAUCAUAACUUCCGGUGCCGCUGGAGACUAUCCUAUUAUCAUCUCAGCUUUCUACUUCAUGUAUCUUUACUUGACAAGGCGGGUUUAUAUGGACAGGCUGGAGAUCGAGAGGCUCAGCUGCACUGCUAUUGAUUACAUUGAGAAAUGCUCUUUCGACGGCCUUGGGAAUAUUUUAUCUCCAAAGCGUCAUUCAGCUCCUUCUGAUACGCUUGAAUGCAGGGACCUAUCAGCACCAACAACGGAACAGCGUUGCAACUCAAGCAUGGCAGCUAGAUUAAUUAUAUGGCUAUACAGUGAAGAUUCUUUUAUCGGCUUUCAUGGCUGUGGGGGCGACUUGAGCAAGCGCCUUUCGAAGAAUCCUGGCCGACUUGACAGACUUCGUCAAAUAUCAUCCGAUGCACUGAGUCUCAACUGGGGUGAGGAUUAUCCCGCAGAUGAAGUGCUAGUUGAUAUCAACCACUUUCACCCUAUCGAUAUGCUGAUUGACAUGAUAACCCUACAUCAUGAAAUCAUCGAACGCAACAACGCCUACAUGGAAAUGAGCUUCACUGAGGCAUCAAAUAAGCUUGAUUCUGAAUUUUCAAUCUUGGAAAUAAAGUACGCAUCUGUCUUCCGGCUUGCAGCUAGUACCCCUAAUGAAAAUUCGGAGAUAUGGCUAAACUCUGGCAUCUCGAUCAUUAUUUUUCACGCGCUACAAAUCUGCUGGGCACGUUGCACUGGGUCUUCGUUUGGCAGCCGAGCUUCACCCCCCACUGAACGUGCUCUUGCAUCUCUCCUAACCUUGGCUCAGCGAAUUUGUAGCAGAAGCUCACCACCGAAAUUCGAAAGAUUUCAUUGGGCACUGUUCAUUGCUGGCAUUGAAACAAAUGAUCUUUUGCACCGAGAGUGGAUAUUAGGAAAGAUUGCAGGAGUUCGUUUGAACAUGGCCAUAACGAAAGUCCUGGCCGCUAAGGACAGGAGUGGAACUAUUAGCAUGGCUACGAUCAGGAAGUUGCUUAGCGUGAGAGAACCCGUUGCGGUGCAGAAACACAACUCGAAUAGCUAUGAUACAGCUAAAGCAGCAAUCUUGAAAAAUAUUGACGACCUUGACACCGAUCUUCAAGCCAUCAAUCAUAAGAUCCACGCCAAUCCGGAACUCUGUUUCGAGGAAUUCCAAGCUCAUAAUAACCUUGCCGAUCUCCUCGAAUCCCACAACUUCACAGUUACACGCCAUGCCUACGGUAUUCCUACCGCCUUCUGUGCUGAGUUUGGUCAUGGUGGCCGCGUUCUCACCCUCUGUGCAGAGUACGAUGCGCUCCCGGGAAUAGGUCACGCCUGUGGCCACAAUCUAAUCGCUGUCUCCUCGGUUGCAUCAUUCUUCGGUAUUGCAGCUGCCCUGGCCGUCUCCUCUAUACCAGGUCGUGUGCGUCUUCUGGGAACACCAGCAGAGGAGUGCGGUGGUGGGAAAAUCAAACUGAUCAAUUCUGGGGCCUUCAAUGACGUGGAUGCAAGCAUGAUGCUCCACCCCGUGGGCAAGGGCGCAAUUCCCACCGGCACUACAGGUUUGGCCUACGGAACUUGUCUUACAGGACAAGUAUGGAAUGUAGAAUUUACUGGCAAGGCGGCUCAUGCUGGUACUGCGCCGUGGGAGGGCAUCAACGCUCUGGAUGCGGCUGCACUUGCAUAUAGUGCCGUGGGGUUACUGAGACAGCAGAUGCGGCCCGCGAAUCGAAUUGGACUUGUUAUCAAGGACGGUGGGAAGAAAAGUAAUAUCACGACGCCUCACUCUACAGUCGAAUGCAGCAUCCGGACUCAGACACUGAAGGAGGCCAAAAGUAUCAAGACGAGAGUGGAGAACUGCUUUAGAGGUGCGGCGUUGGCAACCGGAUGUGAAGUUACUUUCAAAUCUGCUAUGGACGUGUACGCAGAUCUACGCUCCAAUGAAACUCUCUGUACCGAGUUCACUUCAGCAAUGAGCGAGUUUGGGGUGCUGUAUCACAAUGAUAUCACCAAUAAAACGGCAGCCUCCUUUAGCACUGAUAUGGGCAAUGUCUCUCACGUCGUCCCUACGUUUCACGGUCUCUUCGCCAUCGCAGCCGAAAAUGGCGAAGCAAAUCACACGCCUGAGUUUACUAGAAUUGCCAUCUCAGAUGAGGCAUAUGGGAGCGCAAUUAUUGCGGCUAAGGGCAUGGCGAUAACAGGUUGGAAGUUCUUGGCUGAUGAUAUACUAGCUAAGAGUGUUCUAUCGGACUUUGAAAACGAUGUAUCAACGAGGGAGAGAGAAUAG